CUUUUUCUUUCUUUCUUUACUUUUUUUUUUCUCUUCUUCUUCUUUUAAUAUUAUGUCAAAUAAUAUUAAGGUCGUCUGUCGUUUUCGACCUCAAAAUGCCCUAGAAAUAAGAGAAGGAGGUGUACCUAUUAUUGAAAUCGAUGAGGAAGGAACUCAGAUAGGAUUGAAGGGCAAAGACUUCCAAGGAUCUUUUUCUUUUGAUAAGGUGUUUGGAAUGAAUACGCCUCAGAAAGAUGUAUUUGAAUACUCUAUCAAGACCAUUGUAGAUGAUGUCACGGCUGGUUAUAACGGAACCGUCUUUGCAUAUGGUCAGACAGGUUCUGGUAAAACAUUCACAAUGAUGGUAAUUUCUUUUAUAUACAUAUAUUUUAUGCAUGAGUGUGUACUUAGUUUAAUAUAGGGUGCAGAUAUUGAUGAUGAAAACACAAAGGGUAUCAUUCCUCGUAUUGUCGAACAGAUUUUUACAAGCAUCAUGGCUGCACCAAGCAAUU